AUGGGCGACGAAGGAAGCCUCUCGCAGCACCAGAGGACGAUCCCGGACAAGUCCGCGAGAGCUUAUAUCCCAUCCUUCACUGGAGAUAUCACAUUUGCUUCCACCAGCCUCUGUGCGCUAUUGUCGUCUAGACCCAUCGCCUCGUUUCAUUUUCCUGAUUCAUGCAAUGAACUUUUGUCGCCCAUUAGACAUGACUCGGUGCAACAGCCACAGUGCUCUUCCCGAUUUGAUCGAGCCUGCAUGACAGCACUCGACUGCGCAUUCCCACGAACACAACCCCAACUGGGCAGUAGAAUAGAUCUUCGCCCGAUCUAUCAUAAAUGGCAACAGGGUCUGCAUGUACCACAAGCAUCUUCAGAGAUGGGUACACUGUAA